CGAUAAUUUACCAAAAUUUUUCUUUUUCUGACAUUUUUAUCUCUUAUUACAGUUUUUGGGUAAUAAUUUCAGUUGUUAGACCAUUGUACUUUAUUAUAAAAAUCAGCAAUCACGAUAGGUCUUUGCUACAUUAAUCGUAAGCGAUGUAAGUUAUGUCAAUGCGGUACCAAAGUUAAAUAUCACAAGUUUUGAAAAAAAAACAACUUGGCAUCCUGUAGGUAGAUCUUAAACUUAAUUUUAUCAAAGUUAAACUUUUUUCUCGUGCUUAGAACGCCGCCUGUCUUUGCUUAAAAAGUAAACGUGGACGAAUCGAUUUUAAGGAAGUUAUACAUAAGUGGGUUUUAGCUAAAUAUUUUGAAAAAAAACCUUAGAACAUAUUUACCAGUAAAAAAUAUACAAUGGAAAAAAAUGAUAAAAAAAAUAACGAUUGCUACUUUUUUUACUAUUCAACAUGUAUGAAGGGAGAAAAAUGUCCUUUUCGCCAUGAACCUCAAGCAUUAGGAUGUGAAAUGGUAUGUAGUUUUUGGCAAAGUGGAAAUUGUGAGAAUGAUCAUUGCACAUUACGUCACAUGGAAUUAAAAAAAAAUAGAAAAGCUAUUCCAUGUUAUUGGGAAAAACAACCAACAGGAUGUCGAAAACCAUUUUGUGCUUUUAUGCAUCUUAAAUCACGUGAUACAAUCCAAGAAUCAGGUCCUCUAACAGUUUCCACAAACACCACAAUGACAAUUGAUAAUGGUUUUCACAUGAAUCCUUUGACAAGUGUUGCAAUGAGUGUUGGUCCUGAGGCAGCUAUGCGUCCUCGCUAUGAUCAACCAUUAAUAAUGAACUGACAACGAAUUAACACAAGCUUGGCAUCAGCUGUAUUUAGCAAUUCUGUCUUCUCACUUUAAUAUAUCUUUAACCAAAAUUAAUGGAGUACAUCUUUUAUAUUUGGUCAUUGAAAUUCAUUUAAUAUUUUAUUUUCAAAACGAAUCAUAAUCUUAAAGCUAUUCAUGCUCUUUAUUGUGACAGAAUUGUACCACCAUAUUUCCUAAAUGUAACAUAUUAAUAGUCCAAAGCUUGUUUUGUUUGAAUUUUAUUUGUUUUUUACAUAAAAAUUUUACUAUAAUUACUCUCAAAGUUGCAUUUUUAUUAUAUUGUUGUUAUUUUAAAGUAUUAAUUAUUAUUAUUAAUUUUUUUAUUUCAAAUGAUUUUUAAUGCACCAUAUUUAAUUAAAUUUUGAGUUUUAUAUUUUUUAUAAAUAUUCAAUUCAAAAAAUGUCUAAUGUGUAUGCAAUCAAACGAGCUUAAAAAUAUUAAUUUAAUGUUUCUUAUUAACCUGUAUAAUUUGUUAUAAUAACCUUAUAGUAAUAGCAAAAUUGACUUUUUUUUUAAUUAGCUUAUCCUGUUUGUUAUAAGUUAACCACUAAAAUAUUACAGUUGUAUCAUGUGUAUUAUUUAUAUACUAUUAUUAUUACACAAUUAAUUUAGGAACAGCUAGUCAAUGCACGCUAAAAUAUUGAUAUGUGACUGAAUAAAAAAAUUUACUUGUAAUCAAGUUGUUAAAUAAAUUGUUAUUAAUUAAUUAA